AUGGAGCGGCGGGCGGUCUUUCUCAAGUCGUGGUACUUGCUCGGCCCAGUCAGUAGAUUCCAGGUCGUGGGCGAACAUGUUCCAUACGAAGUUGCGCAACAGCCCAUUUCUGCUGUUCGCAUUUCUGGAGAGGCUCUGAAUCCCGUGGCCGAGGAGCUGAAAGUUGUCUGCGCGAAAACGGGCAAGGAACUGCGCAGUCAUCUCACCCCGACCGGACUACUCUUUUCAACUAUUUCCGAUGAUGCUCCCGGCUUUCAUGAAUUCUUCCCAGAACUCGAAGAGCUGCUCGGUAAAGUUGAUUUCACUAAGCUCCCGCACCGCCGUAGCAUCAGCUAUGAAGGCCGAUUCAACUGGAAAACCAUGGUCGACGGAUAUCAAGAGUGUCUACAUUGCCAAUACACCCACCCGUCCUUUUCCAAAUACUAUCCUCCGACUUUCUAUACCGUGCGCAACAAGCACAAUUUCUCGCAGCAUAUCGCGGACCCGAACAAGUCAGAUGAUGGUCUUUUCCUGUACUUCUUUCCUAACUGCACACUGAAUGUCUACGGCGGUGGUAUGUCCUGCUUCAGAGUAUGUCCGACCGCUGACCCUCAUGUCACCCGGAUGGAAUUCGAUUACUUCCAUCUUGAAUCCGGAGACAAGUUCGAAGAAUAUUUUAAAUUCGUGCGUCAGGUUGCUAUGGAAGACUUUGAGCUCUGCGAGAAGGCCCAGAGCAAUCUAGCCAGGGGGGUCUAUCACGAGGGAAUUCUGAACCCAAAUAAGGAGAACGGCGUGUCUUACUACCAGAGACGAGUAUUUGAUAUGGUCUGCGAACAGCAUGAAUUUGAUCGGACCGGCAAGAUAGCCAAGGGGUCUGGAAUGGAGCAGCAUGUUGCGUCCUCGAUAGUUCAAAUGGCAGCGUACAGCAGCUUAUAUCUCAUGGAGUCUACCGAUGCGGAUUCUCUAGCCUCUCCUGCAUCCAUCCUCGUGGCUUUGGUGGCAAUUCUCUUUGUAUUCUACCGAACAUGGGCUCAUUUAUCCCAACCUAGAGCUGCCAAAGUUACUGGAUUUACUAAAGUAACUCCUCCAAACACCACAGACUUGACAGUAUCUAAAGAACCCGAGAUCCCAGAAGGAUGGUGGAAUAGCCGGGAAGUCUUUGAGCUCGAACGGCGUGCGCUCUUCAGCCAGACAUGGCUCUACCUUGCCCACAGCUCCCAGUUCUACAAACCCGGCUCAUAUCAAUCAUUCGAUGUUGCUGGGUUCCCAGUCUUUCUCAUCCGAGGCAAGGACGACAAGAUCCGCGCCUUUCAUAAUGUCUGUCGCCAUCGUGCCUAUACUAUUACAAGAAAAGAGACGGGUGCCUCGACUAUUCUUGGUUGUCGAUAUCAUGGCUGGAGCUAUGAUACCACUGGUCGACUGGUGAAAGCUCCUCAAUUUGAUGAUGUUCCUGGGUUUGAUAAGUCGAAGAACAGUUUGUUUGAGGUCCAUUCGUAUACCACUGAUCAAGGGUUAAUUUUUGUGAAUCUCAAUUCCGGUGAGCCCACUGCAUUUGACAGUGAGCUGGCUUUGACUUUGCGUGGAUUUGCACACAUAGCUGGCCUUGAAGCAAAAUCCACAUGGGUUGCUGGGCAGACUUUGUCAGGAGACUUCAAUUGGAAGAUCGGAGCACGACAUCGUCAGCUCGAUGUCUAUAUCAGUGGGCUACAUCGCACAAUGCGUAAAAUAUCAGGGCCCCCUCACAUCGUGAGGCUUGUCAAGUCUAUCACGCGGAAUAGCACCCGGGAAGAGUGCCUCUUAUUUCCUAUUACACUUAUGUAUUCAUUUGAUACAGGUUUAUUCUUUGCACUUUCCUUCUUUCCAAUCUCUGAGUCCAAGACAAAUACUCGCUACGAUCUUUUCGCCCGCUCUGCGGUCAGUGAACCAAAUAUUCGGCAAAUGUCCGAAACAUUGCAGAGCGCGACAAAGAAGUUGACUGAAGAGAUUGAGCUUGAAUAUCAAUCUAUCUCAGCCAGGAAAAAGUCUUCGGGCGAGUUUAAUAACACAGCCGAUACUCGUCGAAUAUUGAGCCGACUCCAGGAGCACACAAAGCUCGAACGGAUCGAAGGAGGUCAGAUCCUCCCGGCCAUGCACAAGCCAGAAGGGAGUACUCUAUUCCAGAAAGCGGACCAACUGUGCAAAGAGCUAGACUGCGUGAGUGGUAGAUCGCAGAACGGUACUUCACCAACCGCACUUGACUGGUAG